AUGAUCUCUACUCUCCCUCCCACUUUCCCUCGCAUCUUCUCUUUCUCGCUCACCCCUCUCUCUCAACAUCCAUAUUAUUUUCGCCUUCUUUCUCUCUCCUCAACAAACUUAUUUUUCUUUACACAUUUUUAUUUGUCGUUGAAAAUAAUCUCGCCAGUUUUCAAUCUAUUAUUUCUCUCUUUCUUUUAUCUUUCUUUCUUUCUUUCUUUCUUUCUUUCUUCGUGUCUUUCUUUCUUUCUUUCUUUCUGUCUUCAUAUUUUUCUUUCUUUCCUUAUUUCUUCAUUCUUUCAUUCUUUUUUCUUUCUUUCUUCACGUCUUUCUUUCUUUCUUCAUGUCUUUCUUUAUUUCUUUCUUUCUUUAUAUCUUUCUUUCUUUCUUAAUAUCGUUCUUUCUUUCCUUAUUCCUUCAUUCUUUCCUUCUUUCUUCUUUCCUCAUGUCUUUCUGUCUGUCUGUCUUUCUUUCUUUGUUUCUUUCUUAAUAUCUUUCUUUCUUUCUUUCUUUCUUUCUUCAUAUCUUUGUUUCUUUCCUUAUUUCUUUAUUUAUUCGUUCUUUUUCUUUCUUUCUUCAUUGCUUUCUUCCUUCCUUUUUACAAAUUAUUUCAUUAUAUUUCUAUCCUUCUUCACAUUUGGCAUCCUCCUUUUUUAUUUAUUCAUUUCUUUUCUUUCUUUCUUUCUUUUUUCUUUUAUACAUUCAGUCUUUCCAUUUCUUGUUUAUUUUAGCGUUCCUACCCAUCCAUAUCAUCCUCUUUAUUACUCUGAUCUUUUUCAUAAUUACUUUCUCUGCAAUUUUCCCUCUUUUCGUUUUAAUCAUUCCAAUUAUUUAUUUCCUCUCCACCUGUGA